GAGUGUUUCCAGGGCAACGCGGCGUCCGGCCCCGUGAGUAGCGGCCCAGCCUGAGCGGGGUUCGGGGUGCGCGGCACGGCCGGGCCGCCUCCCAUGCGCGGUGCGGGGCGCUCCCGCUGCCAACCGGGUGUCCGCGGGGAGGGCUGCGGGGCCCGGGCAGGCCCUUGCUCGCUCCCCGCCUGCCGGGGGCCGCCCUGCGGCGCGCUGCGGGCGGGAGGAGCGGAGCACAUGUCGCGGCCCGUCCCGCUUGGGCUCCGUGGGAGAUGUCAACCCCUCCCCUCGCCGGGGCCGGCAUGCCUCCAGGCGCCUUCUCAGGGACACAGGCUCAGGCAGCUCGGGAGGUAAAUACAGCUUCCCUCUGCCGAAUUGGCCAAGAGACCGUGCAGGACAUUGUCUUUCGGACCAUGGAAAUCUUUCAGUUAUUGAGGAACAUGCAGUUACCGAAUGGUGUUACGUAUCAUACUGGAACGUAUCAAGACAGACUGGGAAAGCUGCAGGAACAUCUCCGUCAGCUGUCGAUACUCUUCAGAAAACUGAGAUUAGUCUAUGACAAAUGCAAUGAAAACUGUGCUGGGCUUGAUCCUGUUCCCAUAGAACAACUUAUUCCAUAUGUUGAAGAAGAUGGCUCCAAGCAUGAUGAUCGUGGUGCUGCAAGUCAGCUUCGUUUUGCUACUGAAGAGAGAAGGGAAAUCAUGGAAGUAAAUAAGAAACUGAAACAGAAGAAUCAGCAGCUGAAACAGAUCAUGGAUCAGUUACGGAAUCUUAUUUGGGACAUAAAUGCCAUGUUGGCAAUGCGGAACUGAACACGGAGAAUCAAACUUUACAACUGGAAAAGAUACCAAUUUGUUUGGAUAUACUUAAUUUCUUCUGAAGAAGUAACACGUUUUUUCCACAACCAUUUUGCAGUAAUGUUUGAAAAGUCUUCAAGAUUAAAACAUUGCGGUUUUGUAAUAACUUAAAUGGUGUUGGCUUUGUUUUCAUAAAAGAUUCAUCCUCCAGGUGUUACCUGAGUGAUUCAGUGAGGCUGAAUAGAAUACAGCCUAAGUAAGGUUACAGUAAUAAUUUGGAUUGCUAUGCAAAUGAGGUUUUUUAUAAAUGUUUCUGAAUUUUUUUUUUAAUAUAUAUAAUACAAUUGGCACUGCUUUAGAAAUGUGUUUUCAUGCGCUUCUGCAGUGCAAACCACCUCUACAGGGAGGAAAAGUUGCAAUACAGAAAAGCUCUAGUAAGCUACAGGACCACAAUAGGCAAUCAGAUAUUACAAUGCAAUAUGUUUCCCCAUUGUGGGAGCAUAUACAGGCUGCUAUGCCACAUAAGCUCAUCGUAUUCCAUAUCCUAUCACUGGAUAUAUAGUAGAUAAAUUGGAGCAAAAAUCAAAAGCUGCUUAAAAUUACCCCUAUAUUAUGGAUAUAAUUAAGUCUUUUUUAAGUCAAGACUACAUACAUAUAGCCUCAACGUUAAACUUCUUCUGUAACUAUGCGUUACAACUUCUUGAGUACUGCUCCAGCUUUUGUAUGGUGUAGUAUUCCUAUAGUGUUAUAUAUGGUUGGAAUACUUUGGUUUUGUUUACCAGAAUGCACUGAAUAAACGUCUCAUUAAUCUUUUCUCUGUGACUGCCAGUCCUAGAAAACUUCAGAGUAUAUGACCAGUACAUAAUUUUGAGUUAAUCAUCAACCUUCAUCUCUCUUUGUUCUGCCUCUGGUAUUCCUCACAGUUUUCGUUAGCCCUAAAAUAGGUCCUAAUAAUUUUUUGUUUGGCCACAGAUGCUGCUAGUGGCCUAUGUGUCUCUUUUAUCAGAUAAAAGAAUAUGUAAAAUAAUGCUGUUUCAGUACAAAUCUGUAGGGCACUCUACUGUUAAUAUUUGUCCAGUUGAAAACUGGACGUCCUUAUGAUUUGCUUCUUGUGUAUUACUUUUAACUCUCAUUCCAUGCUCCAUUAGAUUCCUUAACAGUUUUGUGUGAAAGAUCUGCUCAGAACCUUCUGGAGAGUCCAGUUAAAUAGUAUCCUUUUAAAAGAUACGGGGUUUCGAUACUGAAUGCUAAUUGAUUUGAGGUAUAUAGGGUUUUAAAUUUUAUACUACUUUUGUAGUUCUAUCAGUCUUUUUUAUUUUGUUUUUUAAUAAUUUCAACCCAUUUGUCUACUCCUUGAGGUAAAAUUUUACCUUGAGGUGAAAUAAAGACAUGUAGUAGGUCUGAUCACACCUGCUUAACAAUAUAUGACUUUUCCGUAAAA